GGCUCCCCUUAAUGACGGACUUUGUGCGCGACGACAAGCCGGCCGACUUCCUCCUCCCGGACAGCGUCAAAGGAUGGUUCUCCCAAAUGUAUACGCACAUGAUUGCCGGCAACAUCGAUGAGAUGGAUCGCUUGUACGACAAGGAGUUUGCUGCGUUGACCGCGAGCUACUUUAAGCAAAGUCCGUGGCCGGAACCGGACGGCGACGCCGUCAUGUCGCUCGUGGACGAAGACCCCGUUUUCUUGACGUUGUAUACGCAGAUCUACUACCGGCACAUGUUUUCCAAGCUCCAACCGACCCUCGAGUUCAACCACGCGUCGUGGGAGAAUUACGUUGCGAUUUUCGACGGCAUUCUCGAUGGCUCGCUCGUGUUGGAUGCGAUGCCGUCCCAGUGGCUGUUUGACAUUGUCGGCGAGUUCGUGUACCAGUACCAAACGUUUUGCCAAUACCGCGCCAAGCUGAAGACCGAAACGGAAGUCCCAUCCAUCUGGACAACUAAAGCGGUCCACUCGUAUUUGCACCGGCUUGUGAAGGCUUCCAACAUCAAAUCUAUCCUCGUCAACGGCGAGUCGGGCGACUCGACGCCAUCCGCGACGAGCCUCAAGGAACUGGGAUACUUUGCGCUCAUCUGUCUCAGCCGCGCCCAUGUUCUGACGGGCGACUACUACACAGCACUGCAGCUCUUGACCCCCAUCGACUUUUCCAAGCGCGACCAGAUCUACCUCAAGUCGUAUUCAUGCCACGUGUCAGUCUUUUAUCACCUCGGAUUUGCCCAGCUCAUGCUCGGCGACUUUGCGUCUGCCGUUCGUUCGUUUGUCAAGAUUAUCUUGCAAGUCCACCGCAACCGCGCGUAUUACUCCAAGUUUGCCGACUACGACCAGGUCAACAAACUGACGGAAAAGGCGCUCGCGCUCGUCGGGAUUGCCACGUACUUGGCCCCCGGCAACAACGUCGAAGAUCAAGUCCAUGCCUUGUUGCGUGAAAAGGUCGGCGACAAGCUGGCAGCAAUUCAAAAGGGCAACAUGCAGGCCCUGACCGAGCUGUUUGCUGCGUCCGCCCCCAAGUUUAUCCUGGCUGCCGUUGCCGCCGACGCCGAAGACGUAUCCAAGGAAGCACUCGCGUUCCAGACCAAGCUCUUCUUGGAACUUGUCCACCGCCAGUCGUCGUUGCCAGCGCUCCGAUCGUACAUCAAGCUGUACCGAUCGAUCGAAGCAGCCAAGUUGGCCCGAUUCCGGUCGUCGGAUGCACCAGAAUCAACGGUCGCGUCGGUUGUCGCCGAGUGCAUGCACCUCAAGGUCGUGUCCGAUUUAGUCAACUCGGACGUCCACUUUUACCUCUCGAACGACCUGAUCAAGAUCGACGAACAGAAGCGCGAGCAGCGCAACGGCCUGUACUUUUUGAGCCAAAUCGCCAAGCUCCAGCGGGUCGUCGACACUUGCCACGCGUCGGCGACGCAACUUUAGACGGCACAGGAUGGGAUAAAGGAUACGCAGUGUUUGUAUGGAUGGCGG